AUGAGCGGUGCAGGUGCGACGUCGAUCAGUGUUAGAGAUGACAGCCCUGCAACCGAAACUCACGAGGAGGCGCGGCUCAACGCCGACUCGGAUGACGGGUCUCAGAGCCAGGAUCCUGGGUUCGUUCAUUUUGCCAGAAUACUACAUUCCUCACUCGGGUUUGUCUGAAUUGAAACCGUCGAAAUGGCAAUGUUAUAAACUUUUUCGAAUUUGUUGAAAAUGAAAAUAAGAACGUUUACAUUUUCCCACUCACACAAGUCAUUUUACUUGGCGAUUUGGAAUUUUAUACAUAUUUGCUUAAAAACUCUGAAUAACAAUAUGAAGAUCCCUCAUAGUCUCAUACUACCUGCGAAAACUUUUAGUUUUUGAGAUAUUAUGUUUUAAAGUUUCCGUUUAACACAGAAUUAGACCCCACAAGGAGGUAAUUUUAAUUUGCUACUUGAAGUUUUCGCAUGAAGAUCCGUCAAAGUCGCGACCCGCGUCAGUUUCUAGUCUUUAAAAUAAGUGAAAUUCGAAAAGUUAGGCCUAAAAACAAUUUUUCGCAACUUUGAAAAGUCAUGUCUCAAAAGCUAGAAAUUUGCGCAGGUAUCAACUAUGAGGGACCUUCAUAUAGACCCUCAGAAAGUGUUUGAGCAAAUUUUUAGAAAAUUUCGAAACGCCAAUUUAAGACCUCCCUUAUCAGUUGAGUUCUAAAAUAAAAAAUACUUUGAUUUUUAUUUGAAUUGAAAGUUUUUUUUUUCCAGAAAGAUGUUCAUUGGUGGCCUCAGCUGGCAAACAACGGCGGGUUAGUAUUUCUCCUUUUUUUUAUUUUCCAACAAUGAAAAAGAAAUUGCAAUUAGAUUUAAAUUCAGUUUUGCAUACGAAAAGUAAUGAAUCGAAUUUAUACAAAAAAGAAGAAAAGUUUUAUUCAGGGUUUUUUCAUAGAUAAAAAAGGUACCAGAAAAUGGAGGAAAGGAUAUACAUAAAAAGAUUAGUUAAAUCAUGGUUGUAUGAUAGAAACAUCAGCGAAAUUUCUAAUGGCGGCUAGGUCGGUUUUUGCAUAUGGUUUCGGAUAAUUUUUUUUUCUGACUUGUUUCCUCCUAGAAAUUACAUGUUUCGAUGAUUUUUUUGGUCCUUAUACGUCGUAUCGAUGAAUCGUGUAAAAAAAAAAAUACAAAAAAAAGUCGGUGAAGGGUUUGUCGAAAAGUGUGAAACGAUUGCAAAAAUCACUAUUGGAAGAAUCCCUGAUUUUUAUUUCGCACCCUCUAACCACCAUUUGAAAAUUUACAUUUACAUAAUAGAGUGAGUAAGUCGGAAUAAAUGACUUCCAUUUCUUCAUACGUUGUUUCGGUUGAAAUUUAAUGAAAGCAAUGACUAAAAAAUUAGAAAGCCUCUUCAUAUAAGCUAUGAGUUUCAGCGAAAAAGACGAUAUCUUAGUCUACUCUCUAUGCCGCAAAACUAACUUAACCUUUGUGAUUCAUGCCUGAACUUGUUGAAACCUUUUCAGAAGGUCUGAGGGAUUAUUUUGGAAGAUUUGGCGAAGUUAACGAGUGUAUGGUGAUGCGGGACCCUGCAACAAAACGGGCAAGAGGAUUCGGGUUCAUCACGUUCGUCGAUCCGGCGAGUGUCGACAAGGUGCUAGCCGUUGAUGAACACGAGCUAGACGGCAAGAAGAUCGACCCCAAAGUGGCGUUCCCGAAACGUGCGCAAGCCAAGGUUCGCUUUAUUUGAUGCUUUUUCCCUGUCGAAAAUAAUUGGCUAAGGCUGUACUAAAGCGCAAAAUUUUUGUUCCAGGUUAUAGAUUUCAGUUCUGACUAAUUGUUGAAGAUGACUAGGCAAAUCCAUUUCCCAGUCUUCUUUGAUUUGAUGGUUUUCAACAUGUAACUUGCGUUUAAAGAGAGAGAGAGAAAAAGAGGGAGAGGUAGUGAGUUGUAGUCGAACAGAAAAGGAGCCCAAGCGAGAAAUGGAAGCGGAAACACUUUUCCAAAGUUUCCGUUGCGCCUUGAUUCCCCUUAUAUUCUUUCAGUUCGACCAUUCUUCCCUUCUUGGUCCGAUAUUUUCAAAGUAAAACAUGACGAUUAAGCCUUCUUUUCUACACGCAACUUUUUUUGUUGAUUUUAAAAUGGAUACUGGUUGAACUUUCCUUCACUUGAAAAAAGUUUUUUUUCAUUUUGAAAACUCUUUUUCAGUUUCCUAAUCGUCGAACUGGAUCUCUUCAGAGAAAAAAACGUUUUCUUCUCGGAAUGGUUGAUCAACCGAUUUUUUUAUUUUUUUGUUUUAAAUGCUAUAUAUAUAUAUAUAUAUUAAUUCGAAGAUAACUGCCUAGUUGGGCGCGAGAAAAAAAAGCGACGUCAACUUCGCAAAUGAACCGAUUUUUCGCCGCGGCCAGACUCGUAUUUCUUUUGGCGCGACCUCGCACUUCUCUCGCUUUUCUGUUGUUGUGUUAAAAGUGAUUUCCGCAAAAUGCAAACUCAUCUCUGACCUUCCAAGUUUAUUUAUCUUUCCACUUCUUGACGACUUAUUGAAUUUCGCGCAAUCACAUUGAAUCAUUUGAAACUUGAAUUAGUCAAAAAUUGAAAGUAACAUGUUGAAAAGAUGAAAAAAAAAAGGUAUAACGCACUCAGAGGAACUGCAACCUGAAAAUUUCCGAAAGGCAAGGUCGGGCCGAGAAAAAUGCAAAGCCGGUGCGACUAUAAAGCAGGCUAUGUAUAGACAUCGAUCAGUGCUAGAGAUCUCGAAUUUGUUUCGGCGGUAGUUCUUAGAUUUGAAAUUUUUAGGAUGCGAAUAGUAAAAGGCAUAAUUUCGGGUAAGUUAUUGAAAAGGCACAAAAAUGGGGUUCGUCUAAAGGCUUAGAUUUUUUUUUUGCAAUAACCCAGGCAAGUCUGAUUGUAAAGCAGUUGUUAUUGGCGAUGAGAGGAAAAGAGAGAUAGAAGACAAGUGUGUCGGUCUCGUACGUGCCCCGAGGGCCAUAACAACAAAAACAACUUACGAGUAAGACCUCAGUGCCAGGCCACACAUUGUGUUUGCCGUUUGUCCUGGUCACAGGUCGAAAUGAACGAAACACGUCAAGCCCGUCCAAACUAAUUGCGCGCGCCAACCUUUAGUUUUGGUGCUGUGCAGGCUCUCUUCGUCGCCGUCGUCGUCGAAAUCUUGCGUUCAGCCAUCAAAGACUUGAGCUUUUAAGCUCUUGUGUGCAGCGAAAAGGUUUCCCCCUGCCCACUUAUAUUCUUUCUCUCUUCUGCUUAUGCUUGCGUCCACUUCUAUGUUUGAUUCCUUUUUUUUCAUUCCGUCUUUUUUAAAGCUCAAUGAGUAACCAAAUUAAUAAGAAUUCAACACGGUUAUUCAGUACAUUCAAUAUUUCUUUACGACUUUUAGGCUAACUUGGUUAUAGUAAAAAUAAUAAAUCUUGAAUUAUUGAAUAUUUGGGAGCUGACAAUUGCUGCCGCUGGUAGGACGGUCCUACUAGAACCUCGGAUGUGGAUUUUCUUAAUUUUUUCGAAUUCCAUCGAUUUUUAUUGAGUUCCAGUCUUGUUAUUUCUUCCUUAGUUUUCGGUCCAAUUUCGAUUUUUUUUUAUUGGCAAAAUUGAAAAUAUUCUAAUCAUUUUUUUCUCUGAGGUGUAUAGGGUUGAUCAUGAUUUUGUUCACCAGAAAAUUCAAAAACUAAAAUAAGAAAAGACGAAAAGACGAAAAGAAAGUUGUCACCGGAAGUGUUAUGCAACUCAUUGCUGGAUGACCACCGAUAGUGCAAUACAUUUUAUUUAUGAUUGAAGGCUAACUGGCUAGUUUUUUUUUUGGCUUAGAAGGAGACGCACGCCGUCGGAGACCGCAUCGAGGCGCACGGCCAUUUGAAUAAUAAUCGAGGUGAAAUUGCUUUCACUGCUCUCGUCGUAGUUGUCCAAGACGUAAUCUGCCGAUUGCCAUUGAUUGCGGGAGCCGUGCUCCUUGCUGCUGCCGCCGCUCCUCCACACUUUUCCCAUAUUUCGGGGGCACCGACAAAUGCUUACCUUCCGCUUUGUCAAUUUUGUCUAGCAGUUGUCUAUUGGCAGUAAAAAGAGAAAUGAGGAAAAAAGGAGAAAAGCUGUGAACAUCCGUAAGGUGGACAACUUCUAUCCAACUAGCUGAUUGGCUCGAGAAAAUAAAGCUCGUAUAAUUCAUUGUAAAGUAGACUACGAAAAAUUGUUAAACCUUUUUCUAUCGGCUACAAAUAUUCAGAAGUUUUCAUUAAAAAUAUCGAAAUUUCACGACGAGAAUCGUUUCAGAAAAAGUCCGAUACAUUAUCUAUCUGAAUUCAAACUUUUUUUAUUUAUUAUUGCAGUGUGCGGAAGAAUUCUGUUAAAUUUGAAUAAACUGUGGAAUUUAGAAUUGUUUUUUUAUUAAAAAAAUCUGAAUGCAAAGCGUGAUUUCGCUCGAUCCUGCAUAAUUGAUCAAGUGUGUCGGAAUUACUACUCCUUGGCAUCCUAUUAAGGAGCUCUUCAAUUUUUUUUCCUCGUUUUUGCAAAUCUAUUUCGAGUACGUGAUGGACUUUUCCACAAUGCGUCUCAUUUUUCAUUUUUCAUAUUUCAUAUUUCAUUCUUUAUUUUGCUUUUCAUCUCAUCGAGUUCGGCUCUGAAUAAAUACGUCUCUCCGAUUUGACCUACUGAAGUUUUGAGUCGGACAAUUGCACCAAAAGAGACUCUGGUACCAAAUCUUGACAAAUUUCGGACUAGAAAGAAAGAUAUUUAGUUUUACCGUUAUCAGUAUUUCUAUUUCUCUUUUUCCCAAUUUUUUUUUUCGUUUUUAGCCCUUCCGAUUGAAAAUGUUCUAGAAUUCGUGAGAGGUAUGGCUGUCGUUUUCCCGACCGUUCCCGUCAGUUUAGCUGUGAGUUGGUGCACGGGCAAACCCAUGUUUGGAGUUUUUUUUUGUCGGAGGGAAGAUUGAACGACAUCAGACUUUUCAAUUAAAAUUUGUGGAAGAGUCGUGUAAAUUCUUAUCGAUCAAUGGAGGGUUCUUUUUUUAUUUGAAUUCUUUUUGUAAAUAAAGAUGUUGGUGUGUAACACGGAAAAAACUUUCGUCUUACCAGGUUAGGCGCUGGUUGUGGACUGGAAGGAUGAGCUCGCACCUUGAGACUUUUUUAGCAACUAAACUAAGGAUAACUGCCGAGAUGAACGCGAGGUUGGUGGCGGUACAUUGACAAACUCGCAAACAUAAGUUCAUGGAAGGAGAAGAGAGAGAAAGAGAGGGAGAUAGACGAUUUCAUCAAGUUGAGAGAGAGAGAUUUCUGCUCUUUCAGAAACUUCAAGGAUUUUCGAUAAAGAAAUGCGGAAUUUUAAAACUCUCAAUCGACAAGUCUUUUCAGAUGGUGACAAAAACGAAAAAGGUCUUCAUCGGAGGGCUUUCCGCGACCUCAACUCUCGAAGAUAUGAAGACGUAUUUCGAGUCGUAUGGAAAAGUCGAGGAUGCGAUGCUCAUGUUUGACAAAGCGACUCAGAGACACCGAGGUUUGUUCUAGGCGUUCAAAUGUUUCCAGCGUUAUUUUCUCUCUUACAUUGAUCACGGCGUUCUUGUCAGUGAAAGAAAAUGCAGAAAAAAAUACCAGAUGUGGGCGCCGUAAAUCGUACGACUACUUUAGUUUUGAUCUGUUCAGAACCCGUUUUCCUAUUACAAGACCCGCCCUCUAAAGAUCUCUCAAGAUUUACGGAAAGAUUUAAUUGAAAAAAAGCAUAUUUUUGGCUUUUUAUUUCAUUAAUACUUCGUUUGAUGUUUCUUCAUUUAAAAAGUCAUUAUCCAGUUCCUUUGGCGUAGUUUGAACCCGUUUUGUGUAAAUUAGAGCCAAAUUGAAUUUGCUGAUGCAGUUUGAAGAUUUCUUUUCUAUGAAUCAUCGACUUUUAAAGAUUAGUCUUGAUUUUUAAAAAAAAUUUUAUUUCACAAAAGGGUCCAAAAAGGGCGGAUGAAGGCCGAUGAAAGGACGCAAAAAGGCAGUAAAAAGGAAACCUUUGCCACCCGUUUAGGAACAAUUAAUGGAAACAGACGGAUCCGUAACGGACUCCCAAAGGGCCCGUGAAGGGUCCUUCCGACUUUGCCUAUGUCUAAAUAAUUUUUUUUUUCUAGUUUUUUGAUGGUUUUCGGAUUUAAACAAACAUUUCGCCAUACGAGGUUUUUCUCUUAAAUUUCUGCUUUCUAUCUAUUAUUUGUUUUUCUGAAGCUAGGUUUUCAAGGUAUAUAAAAUAUUUCUUUUUUUUUAUUUGCUCCUCGAAUUUUCCUCAUUUCAAUCUUUUUUUCAUUUUUUUAUAAUUGCUUAUUCAAUGGGAGCUGAUUCACCUUCAUAAUAUUUCUUGUUUUUUUAUUUAUAGUUUUCCUCUUUCAAAAAUCGUUCCUAAAUGUUUUUUUAACGUAAGUGAAUGUUUUUUUCACAUCAUGAUCUUCAAACUGACAAGAUUUCGAACAUUUCAGAAACUAUUAUCCUAAAAUUGCAAAAAAAUAUCAUAAUUUACGAGAAGUCUCGACUUGCGUAUUAAAAACAAACGCCGUGUGAUAGAAAUCUUAUAUAAUAGCCCGUUCACGGCUGGCUUGGGACAGCAAACGGGCGGUUUAACUUUUGCAGCGAAGGUAGAUCAUGGCGACUAUCCCCGCGCCUUCCAUAAAAUCCCUAUUUUAUGACUUAUUUAUUUUUUCUCAUAAUUCAUCGCUUUUAAGGAAAUAAAAAAAACAAUAAGAAGAAUGUAAAAAAAUAAAUAAUUAAAUAGAAACAGAAAUAAUUCAUCAAAUGAGUCUCUUAUUGAAGGCGCAUGUAUGGCCGCCAUGAUCUACCAUCGUCGCGCAAGUUAAAAACGUUUGUUCGCUGUCCCAGGUCAGCCGUGAACGGGCUAUAGCAUAAAACUAGAGAGAGAGAAAGAGAGAAAAUGGUAUUGGGAAUCCCAGUUUUUGUUCAAAUUUUCGGAAUAAAUUUAUAUCCAAAUACCAGUUCAGCCUCCACCUAAAGUCUCUAAAAAAUUAUUGGUCGAUUUACCUCGUAACGAAUUUUUCACCUCUAUUCCUCCAAUACUUAACUGAUUUUGAUUUUUACUACGUUCUACUUUUUUCUUUCUUUUUAUUCAAAUAGUAAAUCGAAGGGAAUUCUCUGGAGUUCGCAAUGAUCUGUGAAUAAAGCUUUAUUAUUCAAUUUUUUUCCCAAGAGUUCAAACCUAAUAUUACUGAAGGUUUGUCUUGUGGAUAUAACGAAAGAAAAAAAAGCUUUUUGAGAAAGACAAUCAUCUUCAGGCUUCGGGUUCAUCACAUUCGACAGCGACGAGGUUGCCGACAAAGUUUGCGAGAUACAUUUUCAUGAGAUCAAUGGCAAGAUGGUCGAGUGCAAAAAAGCGCAGCCGAAAGAGGUUGGCUCAGUUUGAUCGAAACAAUAAUUUGAAAGAAUAUUACUGAAGUUUUGUCUUCUCCUUUCAUCGUUCUAGCUUGAGACAAUACGCAAAAUUUGAAAAAAAAAAGGUUAAAAGAAAUAUGCUCAGGGACCGCCAAGGUCCGCCCACUCACGGGAUCCCUUUUUUUGCUCAGUACUUCGCUUUUUUGCUAUUCCAAUUGCGCGCGCAGUAGUAUUGAUUGGGUAAAAUAGGGUUAGCCAAUACCUUAUUUUACACGUAGAAUCUAAAUUUCAUAUUGAAAACGCGGAGAAAAUUCAUUGAAGCGGAAUAUUUUUUGAAUGAGCAACUUUUCCAGUAAUAACCAUAUGAUUUUUUUAAAUUUGUUGCAAACAUUGCACAUCGAAGUUUUAAUAUGAAAAACUUCAAAAAAGAUGAUAUUGAAGGUCAGCAAAGUCAAGUAUGUUUGAACGGUUGGCAGUUUCCAGUUGCGCGUAUAUAGUCCGUUCAGAUUUUGAGUUUCAAGUAGAAGGACGUCAUUCGAAAACGCUCUGUGGAUCUCUGCUCUGAUUGGUUUAUCGCGCCAUUAGGGAGCGGAGCUUGAGCGAGGACUUGACAUUUAAAAUCUAAACAGACUAUAAAUAAAAUUUUUCAUGUUCAAAAAUGAGAUUUCCUCAAAAUAGAAUAAGAAUAAAAUAAAACUCCAACGAAACUCGUGAACGUUGAGAAAUCUCAUUACUUAGUUCAAUCUCUACUUUUAUUACUUCGGAUGGGUGGCAUGAAAAAAACCAGCGAAUUUUCGAAAGGCGAAUUUUCCGAUUUUUUCAUAUCGCUAGGGAACUUUCCGACGGCCACCUUUCCGACGGAUCCCUUUCCGACUUUUUUCCCUUAAGACGAAUUCCCGACCCUUUCACAUCUGUUCAGCCCGUCCGGUUUGGCACACUGUAGGUUGAAACUGUGCAUACACCCAUGGCGGUUUUUGGGCGAUAUCUUCGUUAUCAUGCCGUGUUCAUUUUGAUUCCGCGAAAUGCAAAAUGAUCUCUGACUCUCCAAAAUUUAGUGAUCUUUUCCUUUCUCUAACGGGUAUUUUGCAUUUCGCGGAAUCAAAUUGAACACGGAAUCAACGCGCUUUUUGUACGAAAAAGCGUCUUUAGUGAGUAAAAAGUUUUUUUUUUCUUCAAUUUUUUAUCUAUUAAUUUCGGAAAUUGCCUUUUUAAUUGUAUUCACUACCAAAAAAUGAUCAAAAAUGGUCUAGUAUGGACAGCGGAGACGGCGCAGUGCAAACCGGACGGGUCCCUGUAGGUCUGAACUGGUGUGCUUUCCGACUUUGUUCCCUUAUUUUUUUUUCGGUUUAUAGAAUAUUUAUUGACAUUCUCUUCUUUAUUCUUUGUGUUUUAAUUAUGAAUCAACUAUAUACUUCAUAUAGGAAGAUUUAAAACGGAGAGUUUAUCGAGAAAAAAAAGUUGGAAAGGGAUUCGUAGGAAACUUCUCCGUCGGAAAGUUCCCUAGCGAUAUAAAAAAUCGGAAAAGUUGCCGUUCGACUCUCGCUAGUCUUUUUUUCAUACCACUUUCGGCUGAACUCUGGCUAAACGGGGUUAACCUUAAAUCAUGUCCAAGCGUCAAAAUUAUCUUUUUUUGUCAAAUGUGAGAUUAUACAAGAAAUUGGAAAGAAUUGUUACACAUGAUAGAAAUCAAAGAAGCGAAUCAAUUAGAGGAAUAUAUCGCGCAGCCGUUUCGGGUCUUAAAAUUUACGGCUUGAGAGGGUGACCCAUCGUAAUAAGCUCAGGACCCUGAAAUUGCCUCAAUAAAAAUUGUUCAAUUGAAAAGAGGGGUUAAGUAAAGGUGAUCAUUGUCUUCUUCUUCAAGGUGAUGCUUCCCGUGCAAUUGAACAAGUCUCGAGCGGCGGCGGCACGAAAUCUCUAUGGAAUACCACCAGAGCAGUUGCUUGCCUAUGCGACUUACAUGCCGCGAUUCGGGGCCUUUGGAAAUCUUCUCUACCCGGGCAUGAACAGUGGUGAGUCGAAUAAUAUAGUCGACUCCUCCCGACUUGAAACCGACGAUGCCGUGCAGAUUUUUCGAGAUAUCGAGACGAGAUUUCGUCUCGGUCGAAAAUUGACGAUCUCGAGAUGCAGAAAUAAAUUCGUUCUCGUCUCGAGACAUUUCGAGAUGAAAACAAAGACUUUUUUACGGUGAAAGUUAGAAAUAAGGCGUAAUAUAUGAUGUUCCGGUCGUAACGUCACAUACCGAACGCGAUCAAAACCACAACGCAGUUGUAGAUUUUGCGUAAUUUUUCGCACAUUUUUGAGUUUUGGUUGUUUUCAAGUUAUUUUGAAAAAAAUUUUUGUAUUCUUCAUUACGAAUUGACUCGAACUCGUCUCGAGAUUUUUUUUUUCCAAAAAUUUCCUCGUCGAGAAAAAAGAAAACUCAUCCACCUUAUAGAAUAGACUUUACAAGCCUUGAUAAAAGUUACAUAACAGCAAUUUGGUCAACGAAAAAAAAAAUUUUGAAGGCCAGUACCAAAUACAAAAGGAAAGCGAUUUCAGUUUUCAACCAGUUGCCGACCUACUCCGGUCUAGCGGCCUCUUCGCCUGGUUCCUCGGGUCGUGGACCACCGCCGCCGCCCCCGCCGCCGCCGAGUGGUCAGUUUGAUCCGACGGUGGCACUCUAUGCGGCGGCGGCGGCAGCAGCGAGUAACCAGCAGCAGUUCAACGACCCGCCGCUGUACAUGCCUUCUCAGCAAAUGCCAGCCAAUGCAUAUCACUCGGGUCACGGUAAGGCUCCGCCCGGCUACUGA